AUUUAUAUGGUAUAUAUCACACAAACUCAUUUUCUCUGUGUGUCGAGGUUUUACAUAUUAUAUAUUUAUGUGAAAAUUGUAAAAGCAUUGGAAAAGUUUAGCAUUGAAGAGAUUGGAUCACAAUCACAAUAAUUGCUGCAGUGCACAUACAUAAUAAAUUAAUAUGACUGUAGCAAACAACAGCAAACAGCAAACAGCCUCAGUGUGAAUAAAGAGAAAAGAGACGCGUGCGUAACACCGUAAGAGCAUGGAAAAAAAACUAGAGGAGUGAAAAAAAUAAUAAAAGAGCAACGUAGUGUUUAGUGUCCAAGACAACAAGAGACGAGAGACAGGUGGAUUUACAGUGAAAAUAAAAUAGAAAGAAAAAAAAAAGACCCAAGCAAGUUUUAAGUUUUAAGCAGUUUUAAGACGAUUGACGACUGACAAGUGGAUGGAUUGGAACAACAUAGAUAUUGUGUACUAUAGAUUAUAUAUGAAUCUUUAUUGGAAUUAUACAAUCCUGUAUAUACCAUAUAUUUAGUAAAUGCAUAUACAUUUACGUUUGUGAAUGUAUCAUUGAACUGCUGGUGCUGAGAUCAGUAAUAUUUUACUAAGCCGUCUAGCUGAGCCAUCUUUAGUUUAUUCCGUAUUUCGUAGUAUCUAGUAUCAUUCUUUUUUUUUUUUUUUUUUUUUUUUUUUUUUUUUUUGUUCUCCAUACGUUAUAAAGUUAAUGUAAAUACUUGUGUGAUAAUAACGACAGAGUGUUUUUAAAAUGUCGGGAGAAAGGAAAGCUUUAUGGUCGAAUCGUUAAUUGUGGUCUAUCAAGAUAUUGUAAUAGUUAAGAGCAAAUCAUCAUCAUAAAAAUUAUCAACAUCUUGACUGUACGAACACGAAAGGUCACAGCAACAUCUUUAUUUUAUUUCAUCUUCAAAAUCAAAUAUAUUAUCCAGAGUAUUUAAGUCUUCCGGAUUUAAAUAAUAAUAAUAAUAAUAUCUGUACAGUUAAAAAAAAAAACCUAUAUAUAUAUAUAUUAUGAUGAGUAAUGCAACAAUGAGUGGCGUAGAAUCGACAGUUUCUUCAGCUGUAAAAAGUCUCACUUCAACGACAGUAAUUGACAGUACAAUUGUCAAUGACGAUGGUAUUGAACCAACUCCAAUAUUUUUGCAAACUCGAGCUGCUCAGGGAAUUUCUGGAGCCUUUGUAUGGCUGGCGUUAUUCCUUACUUGCCAACAGAUUUAUCAACACCUGAGGUGGUAUACGAAUCCAACAGAGCAACGGUGGAUUGUCCGUAUUUUAUUUAUUGUCCCAAUUUAUGCCACAUAUUCAUGGAUAUCUCUAUUGUUUUUCAACAACGAGAGUUACUAUGUUUAUUUUUUUACAGUCCGUGACUGUUACGAAGCAUUUGUAAUUUAUAAUUUUUUAUCAUUGUGCUACGAGUACCUGGGAGGUGAAGGCAAUAUUAUGUCUGAAAUACGAGGGAAACCAAUUCGUUCAAAUUGUCUUUAUGGUACCUGGUGUUUAGUUGAAAAAACUUACACUAUUGGAUUUCUUCGAUUUUGCAAACAAGCAACACUACAGUUUUGUCUUGUAAAACCCGUGAUGGCAUUUGUCAUAAUAAUAUUACAAUCAUUGGGUCACUAUAGAGACGGUGAUUGGUCUCCAGACGGUGGUUAUAUUUACAUCACUGUUAUUUACAACAUCAGCGUUUCAUUAGCCCUCUAUGGACUCUUUCUAUUUUAUUUUGCUACUCGAGAUUUACUGACGCCUUUUGAACCAGUUUUGAAGUUCUGCACUAUUAAAAGUGUCAUAUUUUUUUCAUUUUGGCAAGGUGUUUUACUUGCCGUUUUGGAAAAAGCUAAUGUUAUUUCACCGGUUAUUGAUAAUUUGGGACAUGCAACCAGCGCUGGAACAGUAUCAGCUGGCUAUCAAAAUUUUUUGAUCUGUAUUGAAAUGCUCUUUGCAGCAAUAGCGUUACGUUAUGCUUUUCCUUAUCAAAUAUAUGCUGCUGGAUGUGUUACUGAUUCCAGAGGUCGUAGCGUAACUAUGCAAAGUAUCAGCAGUAGUUUAAAGGAAACGAUGAAUCCCAAGGAUAUAAUGACCGACGCCAUCCAUAAUUUUCAUCCUCAAUAUCAACAGUAUACACAAUACAGUUCUGGUGGUACUAAAAAUCAACGGGGUAUGAGGGUGUCGAGCUUCGAUCCAGAUGAUCCUCAAAAUAUGCCAGUUCCACCACCACAAAGACGCAACACUUCUCAUCAACGUGUUGCUACUAUAUCACAAAAUUACAAUGAAAAAACAAUGCUGUUAAGUAGCGACGAUGAAUUCCAGUAGAAAUUAUUAUUAUUAUUAUUAUUAUUAAAUAAAUUUUAAUUAUGGUAAAAGUCCCAAUUAUUGACACUAAAAAAUGUUUAAUAUCAAUAAAAGAUAAACAGAUAAUAAAAUUCAUUAUAAAAAACUAUCAAAUUUAAAAAAUGUCAUCAACUCGCAUUUUUUUUUUCUUUUUUUGUACUUACGUAUUCCAAAGAUUAUAUUUAAAUUAUGUUAAUAAUAAAAUAAAAUAAAGUGGUGAAUAAUUGGGUCUUUUGUCUUAUAUGUUAAAAAGUGAAAAAAAUAAUCAAGAUUUAGUCGAAAUUAUUUUACUGGUAAUGAAAAUUAAAUUUAAAAAAACUGGUUGGAUUAAGGAUAAAAUAAAUGUGAGGCUGAAGAAGUUAUAGUAUUUAUAAUUAAAUAAUUAUAGUUAUUUUUUAAUGUUAAUACCUUAAUUAUGUUACAGUAAAAAUGAACUUAUUUUAUUAGUGUUGAUUAAUUUAAACGAAACUUAAUUCAGCAUUUACCAAACCAUAUUUUAAUAUAUAUUAUUAUUAUAUACAUUAGUAUAAGAUUCAAUUUAAAGUAUAUUACAGUUUUUUUUUUCUUUUUCUUGUUUAUAAAAUUGUGUAGACAGUAUUUAGAUUUAUAUAUUUAACUAAAGUUUUAAUAUUUAUUAAUUUGCUUUUAAUAAAUUUUAAAUUUUAAAUUCAAUUUGAUUGGAUCGCCAUAAAGAUGCCAAUUCUUCCUCAAAGACUCGUAAAUAUAAAUUUAAAUUCAACUGGAAAUAAAUUUAACAAACAAAGAUAACAUUUAAUUAAAUUGUGACGAUACAAGUUAUUCUGACAAACAAAAUAAACCUGAUUGUGUAUCGUCCAAGUCCAAUAACAAAAAAAAAAAUAAAAUAAAUAUAUAUGUAUAUACCGUUAACGAAGAUUAUAAAUUAUAAAAAUAUUUCUGCUCCUGCACCCAAGUUUGAUGAACAAAAAAAAA